GAGGCCGCCAUGAGCUCCCGCGGAGGCGAGCAGGGAACCGGCGGAUCCAUGGACGUCGACGGAGUGCGCAUUACGCCGCCCGAGCUACGCUUCGUGGAUGCGAUGCCAGGCAGUUGUUACAGAGCGCUGCUUAGCGUCCAAAACCUGCAGACACGCAGCUGUUCGCUUCAUUUACAACCUCCGGAACGGACUCAGUUCAAACUAAUUGUGGAAAAUCCAAAGAAACCUGUUGCUUCUGGCCUUUACAUAACAGCCACUGUGGAAUAUCAUCCGGACAGUGAGGAAGACCUUCAUGAUAGGCUCCUCCUUCAUGUAGAAAAAAAAGUAAUUGAAAUUCCUCUGAUUGGAUUACGUCCAUGUUGUUUCUUAGAAAUUGAACCUGAGAUAAAUUUUGGAACAGUGAUUGCGAACAGUAAAAUAAUACAUGCAGUAACUAAAAUUACAAACUAUGGAUCAUCCCCAGGUACAUUUGACAUAAAAUACAGAGGAAGUGUUCCUAUUAUUAUUGCACCAAUCAAUGGCGUGAUAGAACCAAAAACAGUGAAAUUGAUUAAAGUGGAGAUAUGUACCGAUGUACCAAAAAUAAUUAAUCAACUAGCCACUGUGGAGUUGCAGGGAGGACCCACUGCUGAGAUAAAAAUCAAAGCCAAUAUUGUGGAACAAGUUCUUGAGGUUUUAGGUGUGCCUCACUCAAAUACUAUCCAGUGUGUUAAUUUUGGAUGUGUCUACUUUGGAACUUCCAAGAUGGAAGAAAUUAUUCUUCACAAUAAAAGUCCAGAGCCUGUGGAUUGGGUGGCAGUCUUGAUGGAUAAUGCUCUUGGUGGAGAGAUGGGCACAGAUAUUCAGCAGAGUUCAAAUGCUGCUUUGAAAGAUUAUCCUGAAAAUCAAGAAACAGAUGUUUCAACUUUGAUUACUUGCAUUCCUAAUGAAGGAACACUGCAACCUUAUCAGAAGACUGUGGUUUUUCUUUCUUUUAGUCCAAAGCAGCUGCAAAUUGACAGAGACUUUGACAGAACUCCAUCACGAAAAGAUUAUGCUGUCUUUUUGAAAUUUGAAGCUGUAGGAAGCAAAGAUGAUUUCUUACACACAAUGCUUGGUGCUGAAAUACCCAUCCAAGGGAAUCCCCACUGUGUUGAAUUAGGAUUGAUAGGCUCAGGACUUCCAGUCAUGUUGACAUUCACCCCAGGACCAGUUGUCAGUUUCAAAGAGUGUUACAUUGGUGAACACACAGAUCUUGUUUGCACACUCCAAAAUGAAAGUGAUGGUCUUCCAGUGACAUUUGUUUUUCAUAAGAUUGCACAUUAUAAUAUUUGCCCUGAAAAGGGAAAAAUAAAAGGAAAGUCUGCAAAGGAUGUGAUAUUUUCAUUUAUCCCACGACAUAUAGGAACCUUCACAGUGAGGCAGAAAGUAGAUAUUAUAGGACCAGUACCAAAGAAAGAUGACUUUCGGGUUUUAGAGAUGAAACCAUUUCAUCAAAUACAUUUAGUUUUUUCUGGCCUCUGCAAGUCGGUAUCCACUAAUGUUGUGCUGAAAAGCAACCCUGGUUUAACACCAUUGAUUUCCAAUGCUACGGGGAUAUUUAUAGCUAACAAGGGGGAUCAACUGAGUGAUGUUGCACCAAUAGCACUACUUAAAUCAGAUAAGACACAAUUACAUGCUCACCGGAUUAAUAGGAACUUAAGCAAUGUACUAGUAGCUCUUCCCAAUGAUCGUCCAGCCAGCAUAAGACCCGCUGAGUUUCAUAAGGAUUACAGGACUAUUUUCACAAAAGUUCCCAGAUAUUGUUAUAUAGAUCCAGAGUUCUCUUACACAGUAUAUGAAGAACUGGAAAAGCAAAUGAAUAAAGACUACUAUGCAGACUACAUUCACAAUUUAAGAAAAGUCCGUUUAAAUAAAAAAGAAGCUCAGAUCUUCAAAAUGCUUAAUAAUCCUGUGGACAUAGGAUUAAAGCCAGCAUCAGGGCUAAAAUCUCCUAUGCUCAGAAUUUUAAAGCAUGAUAACAUGGAGAAAGAAGCUGCUUGUGUAAACAGAAAUAGCCUGUUAACUAGUAAACAGCUAGGAGAAAUCGAAUCUAGAUCUAUACAAAAAGAGGUGAAUGGUUGUCUUAAUCCCGAACCAUUGUCUCAGCAAGAAGUUGAAGAUUGCAGUCUAAUUUUGACACCAAAACAGCUUCACAAAAUAGUCAUUGGUCCUUCCACUAUUGACUUUGGAGAAGUCUGUGUGCAUUCUACAACUAUCAGAAAAAUGCAUAUCAUAAACAACCUACCUGUGCAUAUAUGGAUACAAAUAGAAAUGAAAAGUGAAGAACUGCAACAGACUAAUUCUUUGUCGCAUGUCAUAACACCUUUUAUGAAAACUUGUAUUCCUGUGGUGUUUGAGAGGGACACAUUAGGCAACUUUAAAAAGUCUUUCAUGUAUUCAAUAAACCAACACCAUGUUGGACAUAUUUUAGUGAUAGCAAAAAUUGUGCCAGUUGCCUUGGAGCUAUCUACGAGGGAAUUGACUUUAAAUCCUGCUUUUAGCUUUCUAGCAAAAACUGGAUUUAGAACAACAGUCACUCUAUAUAAUCGAAAAAACUACCCUGCACAAUUUACGUGGAAGCCUGUCAUCAUGGAUAACGGAAUGGGAUUUUCCAUCUGUCCGGAAAAGGGUAUAGUAGAAGCAAGCAAAGAUCUAGAAUGUGAAGUUGUUUGGCAUCCAGGUUUCUCCUCUUCAGCAACUGGAGAAUUUGAUUUGUGUGUGCAUGAAGGAAAAACACUUAGAUUAAAAUGUUUUGCAAAGGUAUUAGUAUAUUUUUUGCCUACAUAUUGGGGAAGUCUGAAUUUGCUUGGCAACCACGACAUUCAGUUAAAAACUGCAGUUUUGCCAGUUUACCAUCCAGUAAAUGAGAGAUUUGUCAAUGGCUUUGUCACUGUUGGCGGUUCUGCAUUAGAGCUUGGCUCUACCAGUGUUCAGUUUAAGGAGCAAAGAAUUACCGUUAAUAAUGCUCCUCUCCAUUUAACCACUUGCAGAACAGCUAUUCUUCAAAAUUUGGGACAUAACCAUGCGUAUUUCCAGGUCCUUGAUGUCAAUCCAGUUCCUGGAAUGAUUAUAACUCCUUUUCAGGGUGUAAUUCCAGUGGGAGGCCGUACUGAAAUUAAAAUUUAUUUCAGACCCAAUGCAUUAAUGAAAUUUGACAGCAGAGUAGAGGUAGCAAUACGCAAUGCAAAAUCUUUGGAACUUAGGAUUGGUGGAUCUGUAGAGGUUCCUGACAUAUAUAUCAGUGUGUGCUCUUUUAUCUUCCCUGGUGUUUAUGUUAAUUCUACUCAAGAAAUUCCAUUUUCUAUUGAGAACAAAGGAAAGUCAUAUGCUAAAGUGACAAUAGAUUUGUCUGAACAUGAUGACUUUACUCUACAUUUUCAGCCAGAUAUGUAUAAUACAUCAGAGGCCUCUCGAGUUUAUCGUACGACUAUAGAAGCCAAUACUAUUAUGGAAUGUUCUCUGAAUUUCACACCAAAAGAAGUGGCAGCCUAUGACUUUAUUCUUCCAAUAAAAAUUAAUGCUGAUGAAGCUCAGUGUUCCACAAAUACUUCAAAAAAGUUAAAUUCUGCUAGUUCAGCAAAGCAUAUGGUUGUUCCUCGACCUCAAUCAUUGACUAUACCUACUCAAGAAUGCAAAGUGCAAGCAACUGUGUUACAGCCGCCACUGAAUAUUUAUCCUUUAGAGCUCACCUUUCAACAUAGUGUAAAAUGUAUCAACAUGGGUGUUAUAAGUGACAGCAGUAAUAUAAAGAAACUGUAUUUGAAAAACAUCUCAAAGAAACAGCUUACUUGGCGAUUUGAUCUUGAUGGAGCAGGCAAAGCCGUAGAUGAUGGUAUCUUCAAAUUUAGUUUACAUACUGGAAUUCUCUAUCCGGGACAAAAUACAGCUGUUACCAUAUGCUUCUGCCCAUAUUGGCCUGGAAUAUAUACUGCUCAGCUGCCUGCAUUUUUGAAUGAUGAGCUACUUGUUUACAGAACAAUUACAUUAUCUGGAGUUGUGAAAUCAAAUAAAAUCAACUUUAAACCUCAGCUUUUGAUAUUGAUGCCUGUUCCUCUCAAUGUUAAAACAGGAGCAGAUGUCUGUAUAAUUCCCCAGGAUUAUUUAAGACCAUCAGUUUUAGAAGCUGAAAUUCCAGAACUUGAUUCUGGAGAUUAUGAGGGUGGUGGUGAUAUUAGUGCUCAACAGAGACAUCCCUUAACAGUGGACUUUCCAGAAGGCAAUAGAAUUGAAAUAACACCAGAAGGAAACUGUAUUGGAUUCAGCUGCCGCAUCAAUUUCAUUUCUUCAAAGCCAUUGUCUUUUUUGAAGAAUCUAUUUUUUGUUGAUGAAGAAAGAAACAGAUUCUCACUUCAAGUGUCUGCAACAGCAGAGAAUUGCCUUCUUACAGUGUAUCCCUACUUGGCCUGCCACCUUACUAACCAACAAAUUGUCUUGGAAAGUGAUUCUAGUAAGAUAAUUUACAGCACUGGAGAUACUUUACAACAUCCCUGCUACAUUCCUGGAACAUGUAUACAAUCUUCUUCCAGUAUUUUUGAUCCAGUUGCCAACUCUGAUUAUGAAAAUUCUGUUUCAGAAGAGACAGCAAAAUAUACCUUUUUCCAGAAAAUUGUAAUGGCAGUUCAGAACUGGUUUACUCUUUUUGGCUGGUCUAAAGGACCAAAUCCAAUUUCAAUUCCAUAUACUCUAAGACGUGAUAUUUGUAAAAUUCAAAUGACUUCAUCAGAUGAAAAACUCAAGCUAAAUCUUGGUAAAGAUACCAAGACAAUUUAUGACUUGUUGCUUCAUUUAAGUGGACAAUUAUUGCCUGGAAUUAGUUCAAGUCAAGUUUUGCCUUUUGAUCCCAUCCAACGAGUAGUGCAACUUCACUGGCAACAUUCUACAAUGAUCACUUUUCUCAAAAGUCAAGGAGCAUCUCUUUCCCACAUUAUGCCUCAGUUUCUUCUUGACUUUGAAGAUUAUAUGAUAUGGUCCCGUUUACAGCUUAUACUGAAGAUUCAAAAAUCUGAUGAAGAUGACAAUUAUAUUUAUGUUUUGGAUGACUCUAUCUUUGAGACUGUGAGUAAGCGAGCCUGGACUGAUGUGCUACUUCAAAUAUACAAGAUUCUGAUUCUCCAGCGAGUUUCUGUUCUUGAGGACACUGGCCAGACCAAUAUAGAAGACACAGAACACCUUCCAAAAAUAAGCAUUGAUCCUUUGUCAAGUAAUAUAUAUUCUUCAUCUGAAAGAAUUCUUCUUAUUUGGAUGAACAGACAUUUUGAGAAGACACGAAAAAUUGUGUGGAAAAAUUGCAAGAAAGGGGACAUACCUCCAACAAGAUGGAUAGUUAACUUUGAUAGAGAUCUUCAUGAUGGCCUUGUCCUUGCUGCACAAUUGGCAAGCUAUUGUCCCUAUUUGAUUUCAACCCACUUUGUGAAUAUGUACACUCAUCCCACAAGUUCUGAACAGUAUUUGCACAAUGCCUUGAUACUUGUGAAUGCUUUUCAUGCAAUAAAUCUUGACAUAGAUAUAGUGGCUGCUGACAUUUGUGAUCCAAAUCCAGUCAUGAUGCUUAUGCUUUGUGUCUAUUUAUAUGAGCGGCUUCCUCAGUAUUUACCUAAGAAAACACUUGUGUUUGCUGGCCAACUUCAUGCUACUAUUCUUAGAAAGGUAUUUUUGAAAAACCCCAGCAUAAGGCCAUUGGUAUACAAUGCUACAAUUUUAGGAAAAGAAUCCUCUACCUUUUCAUUACCUAAGGGAAAUACUGUCACAAUUUCCCCAAAGAGUCAAGUAAAAGUUAAUGUGGAAUUUACUAGCCGUUUCCUGUAUCCUGCUGAAGCUGUACUUUUGCUUGUUUCAAAAGCUUUAACUGGAGUAGGAGGCUUUACAAUGGCUUUUUCUUUGAAGACAAAAAUUAACUCUGUCAAACCUAGUGGCAUAUUAAAAUGCAAAUCCUCAUGUUAUGAGUUGAAAAAAUAUAAUCUACAGGUUACUAGUCCAUUCAGAACUGAGGGGCCAUUCAGUUCUGAAGCAGGUUUCCUAAAGGAUGCACAAGAUGUGAUAGAUGUAUGUGGAUUAUAUAAUCAGGAGGAAAAUGCUGCUAAUGAGUCCAAUUGCUUGCAAGAGUUCUUUAGUCCAUUGGAUACAGUGUUUGUGGACCAAGAUAAUUCUAUCACUCUUGAUCUCCACUAUCUUCCUUUUAAGAUGGGAAAACGUUAUUGUGUGAUUAUUUUGAUCAAUGAGCAGAUUGGGGAAUUUUUGUAUUUGGUGGAGGGCAUAUGUGAUUUGCCAUUGCCUUCAAGCCUAAUUCAAAUGGACAGCUCAAAUAUUUUGUACAUUAACAGCACAUGUGAAGAAAUGCCACCAGUUCUUUAUUUGAAGUGUCACCUUACUGAUAUACUUAGAGAAAAGCUGAAGAUCCCUUUGAUCAAUGACGCUAGAGAGAAAGCAUUGGCUAUUGCAGCACAGCAACAUAUGUCUGCUCUGGAAUAUGAGCGAAGAAGGGCCACAGGAACACUUGAGAGCAGUAGCGUUCGAGUUGCAGUUGCAGCUUUGGGAUUGUCAAGAGUUGAGAAAGAUGCUCUGCACAACUAUCCUUUAUUCUCUGAAAAAUGUAUUGAAUAUAAUGUUGAAGCGAGCAUGCCUGAGUGUUUUGAAAUUCCUUCAAAAAUAUAUAUACCCGUGUUAGCCUCAAGCAGAGUUAAUUCCUCAAAAGCUAGAAAACAAGACCAUUGGCUUGAUAAAGCAGAAGAUGAUGCAAUUGAACUUCCUCUAACAUUUAAGCCCCAGUAUGCUGGUCGAUAUCCUUGCCAUAUCCUUCUGGAAUCUAAAUAUGACGUCCGCCUCUUUAAGAUAGAAUGUGUGGUGAACACAGAUACCUAUGAGGCUGAACUAGAGUUUGUAACUCCAGCAUAUCAAGCAGUGAUACAGGACAUCCCAAUAACUAAUCUGAGUCAACAAGAUUGGAAACUUAAAGCAGAUUUAAAAGGAUACUGUUUUUAUGGUCCUCCUAUUAUAUAUGUAGUCCCUGGUGAAACAACUCUGUAUCCUCUCAUGUUCAAGCCAACUGCUGAAUGUGUAACUAUGGGGCAGCUUACUUUACAAAAUGAAGCAGAUGGUACGGAUCAUAUCUUUCUCUUGAAAGGAAUUGCAACAAAACCAUUGGCACUGGAUCAUAUUAAGAUAGAUUGCCAAGUUAGACAAACUAUACAGAAAGUCAUAAUGGUGCCAAAUUUUACCAAGAAUGAAUUGAUAUACAAGGUAUCUUCUGAUCUUUCCAUAGUGAGUGGUGAAAUGACUUUGAAGGUAGAACCUGAGGAUACAGCUGCCUAUACGCUGAAUAUAUCUCCAUGGAAACGGGGAAAAUUUAAUGGUAUAAUUGUAUUUGUUGCUGAAGAGAGAGAACAGCAGCAGUAUCAACAAAACUCUUUACUGGAAGAGCCAGAUGGUGUUCAGUACUCUCAGAAAUCAUCAACAGAAAAGCUUGAAACAGGCAAUGGGGCAAACAGUGAAUACAAGUCAUCAUGCUGCAAAGUGUGGUUCUCCUUGGAAAUGCAUAGUAUGCCAGCACAGCCAGAAAAAACUCUGAAGGUUGAAUGUGCAGUUUUGGAUACUAUUGACAUUGGAAUUCCAAUAACUAAUCCCACAGCUGAUGUUCUGGAAUUAGAUGUAGAAUUAAUAGAUGCUAUUAUACUUAGUGGUGAAAACAAGCUUGUUCUUGAACCAAAAGAAACACUGUUCUAUGAAGUAAAGUAUUCUCCAGCUACCACUGGCCAUAUGGACGGAAGUGUUAUAUUUACAUCAGAGAAAUUAGGAGAGUUUUGGUAUGCGUUGAAACUGAAAGGACAGAUGCCUCAACCAACAAGAUUGCCUGAAGUAGAGUGUGAACUUGGAAAAUGGUUCCGCCAGCAUAUUCCUCUGGUUAAUCCUACAAAUGAAAUUCUGGAAUUGGAAUAUGUGAACAGCAAUCCAGGCCACUUUUCAAUGGAAAUUAACCCCAAAGCCCAGUUGACUGUUGCUCCUCAUUCCACCACUGAAGUAUCAGUUCUGUUUUGUCCAUCUGCACUAGGAAGAACAAAUCACACUGCAAGCAUAAUUUUCAAAUGUCCACAGCUUGAAGAAUGGGUGUUUUACUUGUCGGGUAUCGGUCGGAUACCUCAGCCAAUGGAACCAGCUAGUGUCAGUUCUUGCCUUAGUCACCAUUCUUCUAUCAUUGUAAACUUCAAGAAUCCUACAUUUGAAGAAGUAGUGGUAAAUAUAAUUUUAACAGAUCGAGAUCAUAUCACAGACCAUCCUCAAGCAACUUCAUGCCACCAUUCCACUAAAGACAGUAUUUUCUGGCUUCCACUCAAGGAAACGCAAGGAAUAUUUUUACCUCAAAAAAGCAAGCUUGAUAUUCCUGUAUUAUUUGCCCCUCUUUCUAUGAAACUCUAUGAAACUUUUCUUGUUAUUGAAGUUAAAAAGAUACAUGAAGAAAACUGGACUUAUGAUGACACAUUUGAAUUAAGGGAAGCAGUAAACAGCCAAUCUGUAAUAAUAGAGGAUGAAAAACUUAAAGGACUCCGUUGGAUCUACCCAAUUUAUGGAAUUUCUGAAGCUCCACCCAGUGAAUUAGCUCCAGCUGUUGUAUGCUGCCGUGCCCGCAGUAGAUUGGAGGAAAACAUAGAAGUGCUAUUAACUGGUGUGGUUCCUGGGACAACUGCUUCACAAAUACUCCAAGAUACUGCAAUGUUAACUCUUUCUCAGAGCAAAUCAUCCCCAAUUCAUGAUGAAGUUCAAGUUACUGACGGAUUCUCCACAACAGAUGAAUUUAUGUAUGAAAUUCAAUUUGAAUCUGAAAGAAUGAAAUCUCAGCUGAAAUCUGCAAUAGCUAUAAACUUGGUAAAGAAAGAGCGAGAUCUGAAAACUGGAAUUGUGACCUUGAUCUUUAACAUAAUAUUUACACCCUACAAACCAACGAGGAAUCCAGCAACUUUGGUGCUACAGCAUAGCACAGGAGGCAUUUGGAAAUUUCCAAUAUUGUUUGUUGUCACAGAUCCAGAAGUAGAUGAUGUUAUUGAUAUUGAAGCAAUUGGUUUAAAUAAGGAGUCUGUAGUCAGCUUUAAGCUUACAAGCCAGACAAGGUACCCAGAGCCUUACACAGCAUACUUUCUACCAGGCAGUGAUCCUGAAUUCACUGUAUCUCCUCAGGCUGGGGAGCUUCUUCCACUUGACACAGCUGGAACCUGCAUUACUGUUGGAUUCAAGCCCAGUAUGUACAGCAAAAAACACAAAGCAACACUGGUAAUACAGACAGCAGCAAUGCAAUGGAUGUAUGAAAUUAAUGGUCUACUCCCAAAGACUAUCCCACCCACUUCUUCAGCAAAAGUAAUUUGCAGGAAUACGUACAUGACAUCAGCAACAGUACAACAACGCAAUUUUGUACGGGAAAAUAUGAAAAUCUUAUCCACCAGCGUGUCCUCCCCAAUUAAAGGGGCACCUCUCAUUUUAAGAACAAAAUAAACUUUUAUACAAAAUAACUUUUUAUCUUAUGAAAAAUGUAGAAAAAAUAUUGAUAUAUAGACAAAUAUACUACAGUUGUGUUAAUCAGCAAUUAAUGAAGGAAUUUUGUUUCAUUAAUUUGGAAAAAAAUGUGUAAAUCUGUUGGGUUUUCUAUGUCCUUGGGAUCUAGUGGUGAUGGUGAAGAAGAGAGCCUUGCCAUUUUCACAAUGCCUAAGAUUGGAACAAUAUAGUACUUCAUCUAUUUUUAGGGUAGAAACCAAAUUCAUUAAGUUAGCUAAGUAUAAGAUAUUGCAAAGCACGAUUUGGGCUGUUCAUGCACAUAAAUAGGAGCAUCAAAGUUAUUAUGGCAUCCUUAUUAACAAGUACUAUAAUUAUUUUCUAUUGCCAGUGCUAUACUGUUGAUCAUUAAACUACUAUUUUAUGCUGAUUUCAA